GUAUACCAUUAACGUUCUCUGGAAAAUACGCGUACGAAAGUCGUGUAAAAGUAAUUGAUAACAGAGGAAAAGUCAAGACCGGCAAUAAAUAAAGAGGGGGAAAUAGAAUAGCCAAAGAAGAGAUUAUCAAAAUUAGCAAUGAAAGAGCAGAGAUAAGCACGACGCGAGUAGACAAAGUACAUAUUUAUUACUAUUAAACAAAAAUACCAAACUAAACAAAAACUAAGUAAACUUAGACCAUUUAAAGAAAACCUAUCGGCAUUAAUGAAACUUUUAAAACCAAGUUGGGUGCAUCAUGAUGAUAAGCCAAUCUUUUCGGUGGAUGUGCACCAGGAAUGUCUUAAAUUUGCAACUGGUGGUCAAGGCUUGGAUUCCGGUCGGGUAGUAAUAUGGAACCUACUCCCGGUGUUAUCAGAAAAAGUAGAGCAGGAUGAAAGUAUACCGAAGAUGCUGUGCCAAUUGGACAACCAUUUAGCUUGUGUAAAUUGCGUGCGUUGGUCACCCAAUGGGCAAAUGUUAGCAUCGGGAUCGGAUGAUAAAUUAGUUAUGAUUUGGAGAAUGUCGAAGGGACCAAGUGGAGUUUUUGGUACGGGUGGUCUUCAAAAAAAUGCCGAAUCGUGGAAAUGUGCAGCCACUCUUCGGGGACACUCUGGAGAUGUACUAGACCUUGCAUGGUCGCCAAAUGAACGUUGGCUAGCCAGUUGCAGUAUUGACAAUACUAUUAUAAUCUGGGAUGUGCAAGCUUUCCCCAAUAUGGUCACCACAUUGCGGGGACAUUCUGGGCUGGUCAAAGGAGUGGCAUGGGAUCCCUUGGGCAAGUUUUUGGCAUCCCAAAGUGAUGAUCGAAGUGUCAAAAUGUGGAAGACGAGCGAUUGGAGUUGUAGCAGCACUAUCACUGAGCCUUUCAAAGGGUGCGGAGGUACAACACAUAUACUACGUUUAUCUUGGUCGCCAGACGGUCUAUACCUAGUGUCAGCUCAUGCUAUGAAUGGUGGGGGCCCAACGGCACGUAUUAUAGAACGAGAGGGGUGGAAGUGUGACAAAGACUUUGUAGGACACAGAAAAGCUGUAACAUGUGUACGCUUCCAUGACACGGUCCUGACACGCCAAGCAUCUAACGCAGAUAGGAAACUACAGUAUUGUUGUAUGGCGAUGGGCUCAAGGGAUCGAUCUUUAUCAGUUUGGAUGACAGCUUUAAAUCGCCCGUUGGUUGUUAUACACGAUCUAUUUCGUGACAGUAUUUUGGACCUUUCUUGGGGUCCAUCUAAAUGCAUUCUGAUGGCAUGUAGUGGCGAUGGAACAGUUGCUUGCUUGCAAUUCUCUGAAAGCGAACUGGGAACUCCAGUGUCGGACGAAGAAAAGAAUUCAUUGUUCCAAAAAACGUAUGGAAAAAGUGUAACUCUCGAAAAUGGAUCCGGCGGUGCCGCUGACAUACUAAUUGAAAACCCCGAACUGCUGGCAGAUGCAUAUGAGAAGCCUAAGGCGCCAACACUACCCACAUCAAGCACAACCAGCCUUAAACCUUUCGCAGCUCAGCCAACGGUGUCUGCAGGGGAAUCAAACGGACACCUCGACACGGCAGCUGCCACUUUGUAUUUAAAGGGAAACGAAGAGAAAACCCAUAUUAACGCAUUUAGAAAACAAACAGAAACGAGAACUGCUGACGGAAAACGGAGGAUUACGCCGGUCUUUGUGGCGCCUAAUGAGGAUGUGUGUGAGUCGAAGAGCACACUGAGCAUAGUUUCGCAUCCUCCUACCGCCGCAUCACCAACUAUAUCCGCAGCAACCGAAACUUCGGAAGUAAAUUCAGCAGAAACGAUCGCAUUUGAAAAACCGAUGAUAACUGAGGCACAAGAGAUUUGCUUAGAUGCUCGACUUAUAAAAACUACAACAUCUGCUGCCAAACUACAGCCACGAAAAGAAGACAACAGUUCUGUAAAGUCAUUUCCGUUUAUCGUCACUCCAAAAUCAUCUAAAAACACUACUACGGGAUCUGCGAUAUCAGUAACUGAUCCGUUACUUGCAGUUCUUAAGCCAUAUCAAGCCUCUACUACUGGUCCCAAGUUGGUUAUUAACCAAAACACAAAGUGUGAAUUCCAGAAAACUGCUCUAGAUCACAGAGUUCAUGUUCACAAUGGGUAUUUAAGUACUGGUAGUGGGUUUUUAGCCAAGGUGACUGGUUAUAACAUACAAAAGCCAGCUCAAAUAGAAAAACUUUGGGAAAUAUUAGUAGGUUCACCAAUUGUUAAUUUGAAUUUUUGCCAUAAAUGCGUUAUGUUGUGUAGUUUGGAUGGUACACUGCGCUUAUUGGAUAUGAAUACAGGCAGAGCUAAAAUGCCAGUCAUAAGUAUAAGUACAGCUGCCGUACAGUGUGCAUUUUGUCCCAGUGGUCGUUUGGUAGGCGUGGUGGCAGAUUGUGGCACUUUGCGCAUUUGGCAUAUUGAGGAACGACGCAUUUUUUUAGCUACAACUUGUAACGAAAUUGGCGGAAAACUCGGCCCAGUUGUACAAUUCAAUAUAACGGAAGAUGGCAUACCUAUGCUCCUAUUUGCCAAUGGCAAUGCAUAUUCAUAUUCCGCGCAACUGCAAUCAUGGCUUGUGCUCAAUAAUAAGGAUCCCUUAAUACGACAUGGGCUUCAAACAACAAUUCCCAAGGACUUUCAGAAAAACUAUUUCUCUUAUCCCCUGAUCUCCACACAAGCCGCAUCUAAUACAUUCGCUGCGAUGAGCACAUCGGUGGACAUGAAUAUGCAUGACUGGCAAUCAAGCGCUAAAUUAAGCUUUAUAGAGAAUCAGAUUAUGCUGGCAGAAACCAUAAACUCCGCAGAAGAGUUACUAUUCUGGUACAAUAUGUAUGCUUAUCAGCUGGCUCUAAGCGGCACCGAACAACGUUUAAGGUUACUAUUGGAUGAUUUACUUGGUCCAUCAGCACCUAAAAUCAGUCCAGAACACAAAAUACUGACUGUGCCAAAGCAUCAAUUACUGGCGAACGUACUCAAUAUACUUAAAACACACGCAAAAUGGCAGCGUUUGUAUAUGGAAUACCAUGAGCUCUUUGCGUUUUGCUCCAAAGCAGAUUCCAACGUUAACAUGGACACCGAUAUGACGACGGUGCAUACGAAUGCGGAAGCAAAGGCAUCUGUAGCGAAAUCAGAAGGCGAAAGUGAAUUAGUAUAGCCAUUACAAUGCCUGUUUUGUAUAUGUAACUGUUAAUACAAGUAAAGUAAAGUAAAAAAGAAACGACUGCCAAACUUAAAAUCAUGCUAAAAUUGCUUUUCCACGAAUAUGUCGUGUACACAGUUUUAUUGUAUGUAGGUUUUUAAAAAUAUUUAUAAUAUAAAAGGGAAUACAAACGCAAACAAUAAAUGCGCAUUAUAUCUGUU